GAAGAAAUUGGAAAAACCUUUGAUAAUCUCAAGAAGUGCGAAAACAAUUCGGUUGAAAAAGAAGCUUUCAAUGUCAGAGCAAAUGAAAACAGUACCCUCUGCAAAAUGAAGGACACUAUUUCAGAAAGUAACGUAUUCAUUCCAAGAGUUCAAAGACUCGAUGAGCAACCCGAAUUGGGUCAAAAGUUGAUUUAUUGUCGAAAUCUUAAGUACAAAGAUUGUAACUCAGACCUUUGUCAUUGUUUUCCGGGGGACACUUAUUAUAACUAUUGCCCUAAUAUACAUAUAGGAAUACACUCAGAUGACGACGACGAAGUGUUUUACUCGGACAACGAAGACGAUUCUCGUUUCCCAUAUCAACUUCAUCGCCAAAGAUUUAGACGGUUACCACGUUCUAAAAAGAUGGAGUUGUUAACUAUUUCUUCUAAAAACCACAAAGAAGUGAUUCCUAGUCCACCUAUCUGUGGAAGUGUGGACAUGUUAGCAGACUGGGCUGAUAAACUUGUGAGAGAAAUUAAUGAAACAUUUUCAGUAACUGCCCAUGAUGUUACGAGCGGUCUGGAGCGUGAAUGCGACACACAUGCUCAAAGAACGAAAAAUGUGAAACAGGUGCAGUCAACAGACCCAUGGUAUUGUUCGUCUCAAAACAUGUGUAAAUUCAGCCUAAAGUACAAUCUGAAAAGUAAAUGCUUAGACAGUCUAAGUGUGAAAAGACAAUCUUUCAAUUCUGUUGACCAAGAUUAUAGUGAUUUUCUGCAACUGAGGUCUCGAAGGUCAUCAUGUCCUUCAUGGAAAAUUAAUGAUGAGAAAACAACUCCCACGGAAGUUCUUGCUUCAAGUUUGAAACCUACUUGUGAAGCUGCAGUCCAAACCAGUGAUGCCCAUUACUUUCUUCAAAGAGUAACAGGAAGCGAUAAUGCAAAAAUAAACCAUCCACGUCUGAAGUCGAUGAAUGAGGUUGGCGUACAGGCGUGUUUGGAAACUGAUCCAGUCAGUGAACGUGAAAUGUUAAUAGAUCGAUCAUCUGUUCCCUUGGAAAAUAAUAUCCAUUUUAAAUUGGACUUGAAAUUUCCAGCAUCACCAUCGGCUAGUACUACUAGAAUGACGACCACAGAAAUUGACACAAUGAAGUUUGCUCCAAAUAAGGCUAAAGACGUUCUAACAACGGCUUUAGAAAAUGAUAAACUGUUACUUAAUUCAGAAAAUGUAGACGUUGGAGGCAUUGAAAAGACAAGUGCCUUACGUGCAUGCUUUACGAAAGUUGGGCUUCCUGUACAGAACCUUUAUGUAGAGGAAGAAUUUGAUGGCCAGACACAAAGAAUUUCUAAUGAUGAAAAGAUCUGUCAAGGUUCACAAAGAUUAGAACAUUGUAAGUUGAAGAAAAACUCUAGGUUGAAUAAGUGUUUAAAUGGCGAAUUAGAAGUGACACAUCCGUCCAUGUUGGAUUUUAACGGUAUAAUUGACAAUUCACAAAAACACGACACCGAAGGGAUUUUUUCUCGAAACUUUGGGGUGCUUUCAUUGCAAAAUAAUACCAAAAAUUUUAGUAGUGCACUGAUGAAAAGCAAGAUUGAAAUUUCAAAAACAAAGGAAUGGAAAAUGGAAAAAGACAAGAAAUCAGAAAGUGACUAUGACGUUUGUAAGAAUAUUGAACUUACUCCUGACACGCAAGAACCAAUUAAACGGCUGCAUCUUUUUGACUUUAGGAAAGAAGAAAUAAAACACACAUCUAAUAGAAUUAUCAUUCCUUCGAUUGAAGGUUCUUUGUGUGAUAAAAGUAGAGUUUUUCCUGAACACAGGAGCAUCCAAGAGAUUUUAAUCAAUUCCAUUCCACUUUGCGAAAUCGAAAAAACACAAAAUGAACUUGUAAAAGGAAAGACGAACAACAAUUCGAAAAUAUUAGAAGUUCGAAAUGACUCUACGGAUUGCAAGUUGACGUCAUUAAAGAACGAAGAAGGCUAUUAUUCUUUUGAAGAAAAAUCUAGAAGAGGCGGUGCUAAUGAUAAAACACAAGAAACGAGGCACAGUGAAGAAAACGUACAGUCCGAGCUUAUCCAGCUUUCAGCGUUUCAUGCAAAGCGUUCAGGAUCACCUUCAACAGGUUCAUGUCAGGUUAGUCACAAUGACUUGAAAGAUUUCUUGAAAAAAGUGGAAAACUGUGCUUACCUACCACCACCACCAGAUGGCCGAUUAAGCAAUAACACUGAUGCACAUAAAAUCAACGAACAAAACGCUGAAGAAAAAGCAUUAAAACGAGAGUCUCCGUCUCAUGAUGCAAAUACCCAAACAACACCUCGCUCAUCCAGAAGUUCUGGUUACACCUGGGUUACUGAAUGUGACUGUAGUGAAUUCGAAGCCUUGUCUCGAACACCAGUAAGUGUAAAUCUUUCGAAGGAAAGCUUGCCUUCAUUCUCCUCAAGUAUUUCCGAAAUCUUGUCUGAUGUCUCUUCACUUACCGAUAGUUUGGAUGAUCAAUCGGACGAUGAUCCCGAACUCGGAGCUAAAUAUUUUAAGUUUGAAGAGAACGUUAGCAAUAGUAGUUUGUCUCUUUCGGCGUGGUCAUUCCAGUCAGAACAUGGAAGUGAUAGCCUAUUAUACUAUUCGGAGGAAUCAGACCAUUGUGCUGAGAAGUUAGAAACUAGCAUAGUGCCUUCUAGAGACUCACCUGAUAGGUUGGAGAAGGGCGAAAUACGUACUAUGUUUUGUAUGAAGGGAAAGGACACCAAAUCGAGAACGAAUGGUACUAAGCCAAGUAACUCGUAUGAUCUUCCUACAAAAGCGUAUUCGUAUUCGGAAAUUCACUUAGCUACCAUUCGAGACGUGAGCGAUAAUACACGGGAAAAGGUUUCACAGGCUCAUUCGAAUCUGAGUUUACCUGAAACAAAUCAAUUAUGGAAGUUGAGCAAGACCACUGAGGAAAACUGUUAUUCUAUGGCCGAACAAACAUUAUCCGAACUUCACGAAACUCCGAACAUCGUAUAUCCAUCAGUUCGAACAACAUCUCCCGUCGAACGAAAGACAGGUAAAGGAAAUAACAAUGACCAGAUAGCGCAAUCUUCAACACGUACGAAGCUGUUCCUUCGUAAAAUGAACCUCAAGUGUUCUUCAGCACCGGUAUUAAGAGUGCAGCACAGCCUAGUGGGGAAUAAUAAUAGUUCAAGGGCUUUGCCAACUGCUUGUUCGUUUCCAAAUUAUGGCAACUAUCUGCAGAAUAUUAAACAAGAAGAAAAUAAGGUUUUUACCCGAUCUCAAUCCGUGAAGGAAUUAUCAGAACUAGAAGAAGUAGAAGCUUGUAACUGGCUGAAAGCAGCAGGAUUUCCUCAAUAUUUCCAGCUCUAUAAAGAUGGUCUGUUUCCCAUUGAUAUUAGUAGCGUUCAAGAAGAUCACAAAUUUCUUGAUCCUGACUCAAUUCAAGCAUUGUUCAGACGACUUAAUACGCUCAACAAGUGUGCAAAAACAAAGGUCGAAAACUUGCCACGAAAAUCCAUUCAGUCUCCGGAGGAAAGUGAUGAAGAACAGUAUGCACUUAGUGAAAACUGGCAAUUUCAACGUAUUAAUCAUAGAUGGUCUCGAAUUUCUUCAUCUUUUGAAGUUGAUACUACCAAUCAACAUCUGAAAACUUCAUCUCCAACAGGGGAUUAUCUCCCUGACAACCAGUUUACAAGCAGUCAUGAUAGUGUAUUUGUCGAUGAUCAUCAGGGUAGUUUAUGCAGUCUAUCAAAAGUAUCUUUUGACGACUCUGUAGAGCAGUUGAGUAGCAGUCAUUUAUCUGUCCCAAAGGAUGAGGACAAUAUUACUUCUGGGCCUGGAGAAUCAACUAGUUUUGGUUCUGAAAAGUCAUCAGAUUUUUCAGAAAAUGGCAUUGAAAGUUUUCGUCGUAGUGGGAGUGAAAGGUUUAAAGACAGUGCAAAGGCUUUAUUGCGAAGGAUUGAAAGCCUUAAAGGAAAGCACAAGAAGAAUAGUCACGAGUCUGUAGUUAUUAUGAAACAAAAUAUCUAUAGCGAGACAGCUAGUGAUUCAUCACCAGGUAGUGAAGGAGAUAGAAGUUCAGCUAGUAGUUUGACAUCUUCUCCACAAUUAUCGUAUCACAAACUUUCUGUUGAAAGAAAUGAUUCCGAUGAUAGUCAACACAACACAUGUUAUUCUAAACACAAGAAAAAAUGCCACAUUGCUCGGGAGACGGAUUUUCGUGCUUUUAGUGAUUCUGAGUCCUCAUCACCCAAGUUAGCUCGUUCCUGGAAAUAUGCGGACAGUAAUAUUUCAAAAGAUGGUGAAAAUGAACAUUCCACUGAGUCUAAUAGUAAAUCUAAAAGCACAUUCCGUGUAGCAGAUGUCAACAGGAAAAAGGGGAGAAGCAAACACAAUAAUGAGAAUAGAAAUACUAGCAAAAGCUACUAUGAAGUCGAAUAUGAAGCUCAUCUGAACAAAAAUAGUUCAGCCAAACCAGUGAAGUGGUUCUCAACUGAUAGUUCCCAGGAUAAAAGAGACAAAGAACAAACUACACCAGUCAAUACCAUGCCUACUCCAACCAUUGUUUUCAGUCGAACCUCUUCAGUUGAACAAGCAACUAACAAGUUGAACAGAAUAUACACAGGUCAAACAAAUGAUGAGCAUGAGUCCCAGGAACCUAAUUGUGUGUUUCACGCAUCUUUUCUAUCUGAUGAUAUCAGUUUACAUGAGGAAGUUGAAAAACCAACAAGAGAAAGAAGAGACUCUGGUGUUGGUUCUUCUUUGACUAGAAGCUCCCUGUUUGUUCGCCCAGAGUCUCAAAUUCGGUGGCAUUGGUUCCUGUCCGUUCGACGCCAGAGUUCAGUUAAUAUUCGAACCGUGACGUCACAUGGCCUUCACAUUAGCAGUUUGUCAGCGUGUCAGCUAAUGAAGUUGAGAAAGCUAUCUCUUCUGAAGUUAACGUCACUUAUGGAAAAGUAUAACCCAACUAGCCGAACUGGCUGGAACUGGGGAGUUCCGAAUUUCAUACGCAAAAUACGAACCCCUGAUUAUAAAGAUAAGGUUGUGUUUGGGGUGCCAUUAUUUAUGAUUCUUCAAAGGACAGGCCAACCUCUACCCCCUUCUAUUCAGGUGGCUAUUCGUUACCUCAGGAAGACAGCUGUAAAUGCCAUUGGUCUUUUUCGAAAAUCUGGAGUACGAUCUCGAAUUCAGAAGUUGAGAAAUUUGAAUGACUCUAAUCCAGGAAACAUGAGCUACGAAAACCAACAAGCUUACGAUGUUGCGGACAUGUUGAAACAAUACUUCCGAGAACUUCCAGAUGCUUUAUUGACUAAUAAACUCUCAGAAACGUUCAUCAGUAUUUUCCAGUACAUACCAAUAGAGAAUCAUAAAGAAGCAAUUCAAGCAGCCAUUCUUCUAAUGCCUGAUGAAAAUCGCGAGGUGUUGCAGUCGUUGCUUGCAUUCCUUCAAGAAAUUUCACAGUGUUCUGAUGAAAACCAGAUGACAGCAACAAAUCUAGCCGUAUGUUUUGCACCAUCUCUGUUUCACCUCAAUACACCUAGAAGCUCCAGUGCCAGCCCGAGGCGAAGGAAAACUUCAGGUAUUCCAGACCAGCGAGAGUUGAAUGAGAAUCGUGCUGCACACGAAUGCAUAACCUAUAUGAUCAACAACUACAAGCAGCUGUUUUCGAUAGAAGAGGACAACUUAAAACUAGCAAAUGCUGAACACUGGGAACCUCCAACCUUGGAAGAACUUGGAAAUCUGACUAAUUCAAGAAAUUACAACUGGAAAACACAUGUUGAGUUACACUUUCAAGGGUUACAGAAGGAAGCACGUGACAGGUUCAAGGGUUGGUUGCUAGUCCCUCACAAUGAUAAUAUUGAAGUUUCCUACAAAAAGAUGGAUGAUGGCUAUCCACUAAGGCUCUGGAAAGUGUCAGUGGACGUUGAAGCCCCUCCUUUGGAAGUAUUGAACAGGGUAUUGAGAGAAAGGAAUGUAUGGGAUGACUCUUUAGCUAAGUGGAGAGUGGUAUCUAGGCUUGACAACCAGACUGAAAUAUUCCAACACGUGUGUAAUUCUCUUGGCCCACAUCCACCUCGAGACUACUGUGUUCUUAGGUCCUGGAGAAGUGACUCUUCGAAGGGUUCGUAUAUGCUAGUUGAAACAUCCAUAGAUCACCCAAAUGUUCCCCCCUUACAAAACAGUGUGAGGGGAGUUGUGCUUGCUACGCAUUUCUUGAUUGAACCUUGUGGUGCAGGCAAAUCUCGUUUAACUCAUAUUAAUCGAGUAGACACUCGGGGAAGAUCACCAGAGUGGUACAACAAAUCAUUUGGUCAUAUCUGUGCUCUUCAACUCAUGAAAUUACGGGAAUCUUUCAAACGUGGAACUGAGGGACCUGAAACAAAAGUCUGAUUCCGAAUUGCUAAUUCAUUCCAAGUUUAACCUUUCUUUUCCCAAGUGGCAGUAUAUAUUCGAAAAGACAUCGACAGUAUGUGUAAUACCUAACUAGUCAUGAUUCUCCGUUUAUAUGUAAAGAAAUGAUAUAGGUCAAGGAUUGAUCACACUGUAUAUGCUAAAAAAAAAGACAAAAAACGUCAUAUAUUCACAUUAAACUGUUCUAAAAUGUUUAAUUUUGUCAAAAUAACAAUAUGCUUUGGUGAGAUUUUUGAGUCCAAGUUGUAUGUAAAUUUUGUGAUAUGGUUAUUCUAUUAUCUGGAAUAAGGAACACUAAUGGAGUCAGUCGUACAUAUCUAUUCUCAUGAACUUUGUACAUAUACUUCAGAAAAAUAAUAUUCCAUUGUAAAAGUUAGGUAAAGAGGUUUAUAAAGUCAGAGAUUACAUUUUCUUAGUUUUGAAUUUUGUUUUUGAUAACAAAGCUUAAUUUUAGCUGCAAUCAUUCAUUUGGACUAGUUUGUUAUUUUUUAUUAAGCUUUAUUUGAUUGGCUUUAUUUUAGUAUAAAAGAUAGAAUGUUUUUGGAGGUGGUAUAUAUAGUGUUAUUAGUGCUAUAUAGAACACUUACAUACAUUGCAAUACUAUAUUAAAUAUUUGGUUACUUAGUGCUGCACAUCGAAAUAUGAAAUGUUGAUGAAGUUGGUUUGACUGUGUGUAAGACAUGCACACUUAUUACUCAUCAGUAAACCCAUAAUUGGUCACUAGGAUACUUUUUCUUUUCUUAGUUUUCUUUCAAGAAAUAUUGCUCUCCAGUAGCUUUGUGCAAAGAUCAACAAGCUCUUUGAAUAGUAUGUAAUUUAAAAACACAAUAGAUAUACAUUUUUAUUUAUAUUGUCGGAACAGUUUUAUAAUAUUUAUGUUUGUAAUCAAAAUGCUUCAUAGGCAAAUAUUUCAAUAGUCGACAUUACACUGUUACAUAUGUCAACAAAGAUGUACUGACAACAUACAUGUAGAAAAUUUCGACUUCUUGGUAAACAUUCUAAGCAGACCCCCCUCAUAUAAACUUAUUAAUAUCUAACGAAUAUUCAUAUUUAAACUGCUGUACUAUUUCUAACAGGGGAUUUUACAAAACAUACUAUUAUCACGAAAAGUAUUUUGUACUUUUAAUCUUUUGUAAGACUCGGUGAUUUUUUUUUACGAUUCCAGAAUAUAUGUAUUUGAAAUAUAUUUUAAUUUUGUUUGCUGGUAUUCUGAUUAAUCGAAUUUAUCCUUAUCUUGAAAUUGCCUGAGACAUUUGAAACAAAUUGUUGAUUGUCUUCUCAAACUUUAUUGAUUUGUAUUCUCAAUAAAAUUUCAUUAUUAGGAGAUUCAAAGUGGCUCAGUUGGAAGCUUGAUGGGUUAAAAACUAAAAAUACAUGUUAGAUACACUUGGUGAACACAGUACAGAUAACUGAUCGUGUAGCUUUGCGCUUAAAAACACAAAACCAGACAUUAUUACCGAGAAACUUGGCGACAUUAACACCUCUUAGCUACUGCACACAAAACGUUGUACAUUCAUCUCAAAAAGACAAGCACGAGCUCUUCAGAGAACAACAACAACGUCAACCUUCACCAAAUAAACUAUGUACUUUUUAAACAAGCCAAGUUUACGUAGUGAGCUAAUACAAACAUCUGUCCAAAGAAAGUGACUCAUAACUUUGUAUAGUUUAAUAAUGUGUUCAGUUCUAUCGAUUAAGAAAAAUACAAUCAUUGAAUUAGAUCACUUUUGAUCUUUGCUAUCGUAGUUAGAUAAGUGUUGCGAUUUUUUAUUUUAUUUUGUGGAUUUGUUCUUUCCAAAAUAGUUCUAGCUACAACAGUCCAACAUAAAAUGAUGUUCUAAGUUAUGUGUACACAGAAGCAAAACUACUUAUAUGUUAUAACAAUAACUCCAGUUUGGUAACAAUAAGAAUCGAAACUGAAAAGGUGACUUUUCAGCUUAACACUGCUACACAAGAACCUGGAAGUUUGGUUUGGUUUAUUACGAAUUUCGCGCAAAGCUACACGAGGGUUAUCUGCGCUAGCCGUCCCUAAUUUAGCAGUAUAAGACUAGAGGGAAGGCAGCUAGUCACCGCCACCCACCGCCAACUCUUGGGCUACUCUUUUACCAACGAAUAGUGAGAUUGACCUCUCAUUAUAACGCCCCCACGGCUGAAAGGACGAGUAUGUUUGGUGUGACGGGAAUGAGCCUGGAAGUUAGUACUGAUAAUGUUACGUGGUGUGUUACACAGAACUACCUUCUUUGAGAUUAACUUGAAUAAGGAUUUACUUACUUCAACUUGUUCUAUUUUGUCACUGGUGGCGAUGCAGGAUCUUCCAAACUUAAUAUUAAGAGAGACUACUUUUGGAAUAAACUUGUUCACACGAAAAUGUCACGCACGUAAAACAAGUCUAUUAACAUAAUCAUGCACAUAAGAAAGCAGAGUGUUAAUAUUAUUAUUGGAUCGUGAACUAAAUUUGUCAUAAUUUUUUCUGUAAUAGGUAUUUGGGACUCUUUUAAAAAAUGUAUUGAAAGAACAGGUUUACAAAAGUGAAUUUUAAUUUCAUAAGAAAUAUGACACAUUUACAGCAUCAAAUGUAUUUCUAUUGAACACACACACACACAUAUAUAUAUAUAUAUGCGUUUUUCUGUACACUUCUAUUUCUAUUGUACUGGCUGAAUUGUGUUAUCUUGAAAUAAAAGAACCUGAAUCCGUAGUGCUAACUUCCACCAUAAAAUAAGUGUCGUUUUUUUCAUAGAAUGAAUUAGUUUUGAGACUUUAUUUUAUCAAUAAUAUAUAUAUAUCGUUUGUGGGACCAGAAACUUAAGUUAAACGUAAUUAGUAAAAUUACUUCUCACUAACUUCAUUUCACCAAUGUUAUUUCAGUCAUUAACUUGGUCGUCUUCACGUAGAUUAGUUUUACUCUGAGUAAAGUGAAAUAAAAUAAGACAGGUAGUUGAGCAGCCUUGUGAAACAGAAAGGUCUAUUUUGGCAACUAUAAACCUUUAUAAGUGAUAUCGGUAUUUUUAUGAUAUCUAUAGAGAAAGUUCACUAUUCUUUAUCGAACACUUAGGAGAGAGAAUUUGUAAUGUUUUUACAAAAUCAAUAAUUAAAAUUUACUGGGAAUUAAUAGUGUGAAUUUCAUUCGUCUUGUGACCCAGUAGCGAUGAACAAGAAUGAUAGUCAGUUUUAAUGUAUAUUUUAUAUGCACUUUGUUUGGUUUCAAUGGUAAAAUAACGCUAUCUAGUUGUAAGAAUCUCUCCCUUACUUGUGUUAACGUUCAUCAUAAAAUGGGAAAAUGUAACUUAACUUUAUUUCUUAAAACCGUUAUGAGUAUAGAUGUAACAAUAAUAAGGUCUUGUUUGAAUAAAUUGUAUCUAAUA